AUGGCGGCGCCGGCCAACUCCUCAUGCUUCCACCCCCGCGCGACCGCCAGCCCGCCGUCUUCUCUCAGCGUCGGCACCAAGGUCUUCGUCGGGCUCAGGGCGCAGACCAAGCUCGGGUCGUCGGAGUCGUCGUGCCCGAAUGUCAGCGCUGGGUUCUACACUGCCGUCAACCGGAGGAUCUCUCUGGGGUUGUCAAACAAGAAGGCAACCAGAGCCCGCAUUUCGAUGAUGCCUAUUGGUACUCCACGGGUGCCUUACAGAACACCUGGUGAAGGAACCUGGCAAUGGCUUGACAUAUGGAAUGCUCUGUACCGUGAGCGGAUUAUCUUCAUUGGGGACAAUAUUGAUGAAGAGUUCAGCAACCAAGUGUUGGCAAGCAUGCUGUAUCUUGACAGCAUUGAUAAUUCCAAAAAGAUAAUGUUAUACAUUAAUGGACCAGGAGGAGAUCUUACUCCGUGUAUGGCACUAUACGAUACCAUGCUAAGUCUAAAAAGUCCUAUUGGUACGCACUGCUUGGGCUUUGCAUUCAACCUGGCAGGAUUUAUUCUUGCAGCUGGUGAAAAGGGUUCACGUACUGGUAUGCCUCUAUGCCGGAUUUCACUUCAGUCACCUGCUGGAGCAGCUCGAGGCCAGGCUGAUGAUAUAGAAAAUGAAGCAAACGAGCUUAUUCGUAUCAAGAACUAUCUCUAUGGCAAGCUCGCAGAGCACACAGGUCAUUCUGUCGAGAAGAUCCAUGAGGACCUCUCUAGGGUGAAGCGCUUCGAUGCUGAAGGGGCUCUCGAAUAUGGGAUUAUUGACCGUAUUAUCAGGCCUUCUAGGAUCAAGAAAGAGGGCUCCACUGCCCAAAGGAGGGAUAUGCGAAAUCUGGGACUUGGCUAA